AUGCAAUUUUAUAAAAGUAAACAACACCAUGUGACUCACUCACAAACACGCACAGAUCAAGACAACAACCUUGAUGAUUUAUCUGACGCCAUUCGACGACAGCGUGAACUUGGACUGAUGAUUGGCGACGAACUGGAAACACAUGUUCAGCUUAUUGAUGAAACGGAAGAAAUGGUAGACCGGACAGAUCAACGGUUAAAGCGGGCUAAAAAGAAGCUUGAUUAUGUUGGACGCAAGGUCAAAGACAACAGAUCGAUAUGCAUUGUAAUCGUCCUAAUUUUUAUCUUUUUCGUACUGCUUGCACUUUUUCGUUAA